UUUAGCCCAGGAUGAGCUUUUUAUAUGGUUACCUAUUAAAAUAAUUAUUGUUUCUGACCCUAUUCUAGAAUCAUCUUGUUUGAUGUUGGAAUAGCCCAUAAACAACUUUGCCUGUCACUUUUUGCAGAUCGUCCCAGUUGUAAGCCAAAUGAUAUAAUCGGAUAAAAUUAGAUUCAUUUAUAAGAUGGGAUGAAUAUAAAAUUAUUGGAUUUAUUUUAAACCCUUUUAAAAAUUUGGGGUGAAAUAAUAAUGUGGUAAUGUUGAACAAAGAACCACGUGUGGAGAGGUAUCGGCGAGAAAAGCAUCAGAAGAUAAAAGUAAAGUAAAGAAAACAGAAGUCCGACGUCACGUGGCCGUCCAUGUUUGUGCACGAUUAAACAAACCUCAACUUCUUCUCUUUCUAUCUCUCUAUUAUUAUCCAUUCUCAUCUCUGCAUUCUUUUUCAUAUUCUUCAACCUUCCUUCUUCAGUCCCAUUUCUUUCUUUCAACUGACUACAAUUACAAGCAUAAAUCAAUCAAUUAGGAUCUUUAAUUACUUUCCUUCGCCUCUAAGUUUUCUCCACUUAUUUCACUUCUUCUUAUUCAGCUGCGUCCGAUCCUACCUCUCAUUUUUCAAAUUAAGGGGAAAGAAAACACAUAUAAUUCACAGGGGAAUGCAGAGAUCGAUUUGCUCUUAUAAAUACAACAAGGAAAAGGAAUCAGCACGCCGGAGCAGGUCAUUUAGCCGUGGGAUUGGCGUUAACGUGCCUAAAGUCAGGACCCGAGACAAACUAGCCACAGUUUAGCUGUGUGUUUGAUUUAAGGUCAAAUAGAUAAAGAAACACAGCAAUGACCAGGAUUUUGGUCCAGCGCGGUUGUACAGGGAGUUCUUCAUCAAAUCAGAGCCGUAUUUCAGUUCCAAGUUCAACUAAUGUACCUCCUCCCCAAUCUAACAUCAGCGUUCCUGAUGAUGCUCAUGAACAAGUUACUGUCAAUGAAUUGCCUGAUAAUUGUGCUAAUACUGCUGACAAAAGGAACAAGAGUGAUGAUUUUUUGAAUGAAGGUUCUGAUAAGAAUGUAGAGGAUGAUGAAGCUGUUCAUGAUUUUAAUGUGGGGAACAACGAUAUUCAAGUGGAUUCUCAUUCUGUGAGAGGCUUUAGUGGGUUAAAGGUCACUGACCAAAUCAGUCACGAGACUUCUGAUACCGUGGGCGUGGGUGGUACUGGGGAUUACUUGUAUAAUACUGGUACUGGUACCGGAACCUCCCAACCCCCUCCUCCUCCUGUUCCGCCUCCAAUACCUUCAGGUUCGAAUUCUAUUUCCAGGAGACUCCAUUUAGGGACUCCAGAUUCUCCCUGGAUUGGUUCUUCUAGAAGGCCUACUGUGUGGCCCACCUCAGCUAGGACUUCCCCCUCUGCAUCAAGACCUUCCUCACCCAGAUCGCAUUGUGAAACUGAGGGGUAUAAUAGUGCGGAUGAGCAAUCACCUAGUUUUGGAUCAUCAUAUUACGAUCUUGAGAGAGAGCGUCAGUUUGAGAUUGAUAUCAGGCGUGCUAAAGGUUUAGAAGUUAAGAAAAUGCUCGAAGAUGGUAAUUGUCUAUUUAGGGCUGUUGCAGAUCAAGUUUAUGGGGAUUCGGAGGCAUAUGAUUUGACCAGGCAGAUGUGUAUAGAUUAUAUGGAGCGCGAGAGAGAUCAUUUCUCACAGUUCAUUACAGAAGGAUUUACAUCUUAUUGUAAAAGGAAACGAAGAGACAAGGUUUAUGGAAACAACGUCGAGGUCCAGGCCUUGUCUGAGAUGUAUAAUCGACCCAUACAUAUAUAUUCGUAUAGUACAGAACCUAUCAACAUAUUUCAUGGGAACUAUGACACGGAUCUGCCCCCUGUUCGCCUAAGCUACCAUCAUGGUAAUCACUAUAAUUCACUAGUUGAUCCCCGUCGAUUAAGUGUUGGUGCUGGGCUCGGAUUUAGUUGUCUUCGAGGGAGAAAUGUGGACAAGGAUCAAGUAAAAGCUGCCAUAAAAGCUCAACAAGACCAACAGAUAGAUAAUGCGCUGCUGGCUGAAGGUCGAUUUUACUCAGAUCUUGAGCUCACAGAAAAAGAAAUUGAACGUAUGGUAAUGGAAGCUUCUCGAGCUGAAUAUCUUUCUGGUAAUAAAUCAAAACAACAUGUCGGUCAAAGGGAAUCUUCAACAUCUAAUGCGGAACCAUCAUCAUCAGGAGCCAGGGCAUCGGGGAGUGUGAAUGAGAAAGAAAGUGGUUUGUCUGGUGAAAUGUUUAGCAGCAGCAUGGAGGUGGUGCUAUCAAUGGGAUUUAGCUAUAUGCAGGUGAUUGAGGCAUACACCAUAUUUGGAGAUGAUGUUGAUUCCAUGGUUUGUUACCUGUUGGAGACCAGCAGUAGCAUCAGGCGUAAGGGCAAGGCUACUGAAUGACUCAACUUUAACUAAACACAGCUUAGUGGAUCUAAUUGCUAUCACAUUACUCUUUAUUAGUUACAAAUUACAAUAAUCAUUUUCAUUAUUAGUUGACAUGCAAAUAUGCUGAUUGCCGAGUAUAAAUUCAACUAUUUACCAUUAACUAGUACUUACCCGUACCGUGCAUUACACUAACUCAUAUUUUUGCGUGAAAGCAUUAGUUAAUAACAAAUAUGCAAUUUAUAAUCAAAA